UAUAAAUUUAACCAUCUUCUUAUUUCCCCGUUACUACUACACAUUCACCCUAUAAAUAGAAACUCUCCUCCUAUUGGUUACAACUUGGGAACCCUAAUUAACUAGCUCUCUCAUCUUCCUCCUUUGCCUCAACAUACAUAUAACACAAAAACUCUGUCAUUAUAUUGUAAACAACCAUGAUUGAAUCUCUGUCCAGCUGGUUCACUCCCACUGUUCUUUUCUGCGUUCUCAACCUCAUGAUUGGUAUUAUUCUCAUUUCUUCUAGCUUCAAGAAUGACAAAAAACAACAACAACAACAAUACGCUGAAGAUAAUAACUUACCUCAACUUCCCCGAACUCCAUCUUUAUUACAGCGUGUUAGGUCUGUAAAUUACUUCUCUUUCGUCCCUGAGCCCUUUAAUUCCCCUUUAAAUACUCCUCAUUUCGCCGACGACUCUUCACCCCGAUUCGGCUACAGUCCCUCUUUCCUUCAGCGGGUCCGGUCUAUCAACUUCUCUUUCUCCCCCCGGUCCGAAAAACCCAGCCCGUUUCCGUCUCUGGACCAAUACGCCGCCGGUCCAGCUGAUGAAAAUGAACCUCAGAAGGUUGAAACUGUAACUGUAACUGAAGAAGAAGAAGAAGAAGAAGAAGAUUUACAAUGUCACGUGAUGAGAAGUAAAUCUACCACGUGCGCGGAAACUACGUUAAUGAAGAAGUUGGCUAGUGAGGAAAUACUGGCGGCAGUGCUGAAGGAGGAGGAAGAAGAGGUGGUGGUUCGGCAGCGGCCGGCGACGGUGAGGGAGAAAAAGCAGGGGAUGAAGAAGUCGUUUGGCCGGGAUGAUGAAGCUACUGUAGAUAGGAAAGCUGAUGAUUUUAUUAGCAAGUUUAGAGAGCAGUUGAAAAUGCAGAGAAUUGAUUCUAUUCAAAGGUACAAAGAAAUGUUAAACAGAGGUGUGUCCAUUUAGGACAACUUUGUCCUUGUAAUUUAUCCUUUCAUGUAUGGCAAAUCCAUGUCCUUUUCUGUCAAUUCAAAAGGAAAUAUUAUCUCUUCUGAUGAUUUAAGACGACUUCAUUGUCGCAUUUCACUUUGUUGAGUGAAGUUAA